AUGGACGGCAAGAAGGUCCAGAGCCUCCGGGACGAAGUGACCUGUCCCGUGUGUCUGGAUUUCUUUCGUAACCCCGUGAUCAUCGCCUGCGGACAUAGCUUCUGCUGGAUUUGCAUAAACGAGUGGGCAGAAGAGGAGCCUCGGGUCGUGUUCCCCUGCCCGGAAUGCAGGGCCCAAAGCCCCAAAGGCCCUUUCCUACCCAACUGGCGACUGAGGAAGCUGACGGCGAUUAUCCAAAAGCACAGCUCCGUGCCACCCCUCAACUCGGGCAUGAAGGACGAAUUCGAACACUUCCGAGAGAUUGUGAAGCUGGACGUCGCCACAGCCCACCCCCUGCUCAUCGUGUCGGAGGACGGGAAGAGCGCCCGAUUAGGCCCCGUCUGGAAGAAUUUUCCCCCAAACCCCAACAGGUUCAACCUGGCCACCUUUGUCCUGGACUCCAAGACCGUCAUUUCUGGGAGGCACUUCUGGGAGUUGGAAGUGGGCGAGAAGAGACACUGGGCCGUCGGGAUUUGCCGGGAAUCGGCCAGUAGGAAAGGAAAGAUCAUCCUCAAUCCGCAGUAUGGAUACUGGGCCAUCGGGAGGAGGAAGGCUCGGCAGGUCAGCGCCGGAACGGAACCCCAGACGCCCCUUUCCCUGACACGGCUGCCGCACCGAGUGGGGCUUUAUCUGGACAUGGAGAUGGGGGAACUCUCCUUUUAUAACACGCAGGAUAGGUCUCACAUCUUCACGUUCCCGAAGAUCACUUUCAACGAGCCACUGCGGCUCUUCCUCUGUCCCGGAAUUUAA